GUUAAACAACUCUGACGUAAUUCUUGGGUCGACCCAAAUAAGAUAUGAAAACCGUCAAAGAUUUAAACGUCGAUCUUUUCAUGUGAGUAAUAGAAGGGAUUGGGUUCAGUACCUUUCAGAUCAUUAACAUUUCACCGCUUGAAAUGGGUUUAAGACAUUUGAAGUUGUACAUACGACUGCAAUACAAUUCAUAAAAGACACUCAAUAUCAAGACCUAAAAUGGAAAUGCCCCACUAUGAUAUGGAAAUGCCCCCCCGGGAGUUUCUGACACAAUAUUAAUAUUUUGUUACCAUAUUGUCAUAUUCAUCCGAAAGUUUCUCAUUCUGAAGGUUUCCCGCCACGAUUCUUUGAGUGCCUGCAAUUAAAAAAAGUUUCCUUGAAACAUCUGUCGGUGACAUGACAAGGUGCUAUUGAUAAACACUUUGCCUCAACUGGUUCGUAAAUAUUACUGCCUCCAAGAACCAACAGAACGUGCGGGUUGUCUCCUGCACUAAAAUGUCGUGCAAGUGUUUUCUCUUCGUUUUAAUCAUCACACAGGUCAAAGUGGCUCAUCCAUCGAAAGAUCAAAAUGCUUCAAUCGAUGGUUGUGUGAGCUUCAACUGGAUUGGGGAUUUUUUUGCGAGACAUAAGCAGUCUGAGUGGAACGACACAGUGAAUGAGAUCAUAGAAGACUGCCUUUCAAAUUAUUCAAAAGUCAAUGAAACCACUGGUUGUAACGGUCCAAUUGUAAAUGUAACAUUUCCACUCUUUUCUUGCUCUUCAAAUGCUACACUCUUAGAAAGGGAGUUCUCUUCUGUAUUGGUCAUCAAAGAAGAAUCGUUUACCACCGGCCGACAAAUCGUUCACGCAUUUGCACAAAUAUGGAAACUUCUUGUUCUUUGCAUAAUAGCUGCCAUGCUGUCAGGAAUUGUCAUUUGGUUUUUGGAUCACAGAGCAAAUUCAGGUCAUUUUCCAGACUCGUUUUGGAGAGGUGUUCAAGACGGAUUGUGGUGGGCAGUGGUUACCAUGACAACAGUCGGCUAUGGUGACAAAGCUCCUAAAUCAUCGCUGGCUCGGAUGUAUGCUUCAUUGUGGAUGAUCAUCGGAAUGCUGUUGAUGUCAACCAUUACAGCCCAAAUCUCCUCGUCCAUCACUGCUGAUGGACUUCGUCCCCUUAAUGAUGUGUUUGGAUCUAAGUACAGCCAUGGAAAAUACCGAUAUGAUAUGAAGCAAGGGUAUUCCAAGGACGGAGUGGAACCCUUCCACUUCAUUUUACUGGCCUUUGCUGACGUUGAUAUCGAAAAAGGAGCGUUUAACCCCAAACUGAGGGCGAGUGUCACUUGCGCAGUGCACAUGAAGGAACUCUCGACACCAUCGGUUAACUAUUACUUAGAGAAGUACGCUCCUGAUAAUACAACGCAUUAAGAUGAUUGCUCUCAUCUGGUGCAUUUGGGAUUUAAUCUAUCAAAGUUUAUGUGAUUACCUUACAUGCAAUAUACGGUUCGCUUGAUUUAUACCAGAACACAGGAACGUUGUGUACGCGACGCUGAAGAGUCUCUCAGUUGAACCCGAGCAGGAGACUGACUGUCGUUAACUAGUUCACUGCCACUGCAUGCAUUCCAGUGACAAUUUCCAUCUCUUUCUCCCUGUUUUUCCUUGCAGAUUCC